AUGUCAACACAAUUGAAUAGCCAAGGCCUGACCAAUGGAAGAUAUAGAUAUUGUGCUGAUGGCAUUAUCUCUGUUGAUGACUUCUCUGGACUCGAGAUCCUGCUUACAGAAGUAUCCUCUGGUUUUGGAAACAGCGACACAAGCAAGAUCAGUUUCGAUCACUACAAAGUCUUGUUUGGCAUGCUUUCAAUGAUUCGUACUUUGGCGCAAAGAUACAACAAAGGGAGUUUGGAUACGUUCAGAACAUCGAAAAUACACUUCCUUCAUGCUCAUUGUAACUUUUACUACACCAUCCAUCUAAGCUAA